UGUCUUUCGUGUCAUUUAAUGACCAAUUGUCAAAUUUUACAUAAAUGUUUAAAAUGAUCAGAUCAAAAUUCUAGUGAUUCCAGUUCUUCAAAAUGCCCCAAAUCGAUUAUAAUAGUAACUAAAUCACUACAAUCACUUUCAGCCGUAGAGUAAUGGAAACAGGAUGUGAUCGAAAAUGUGGUGGUCAGUCUAAAGAAGAAUGUUCUGAUAACUGUCCAGGUACAAAGAAAGAAUUAAAAUCAUGUAACAAACUUCAGGGAUGUCCUGGUCGCAGUUGUACAGGUGAAGGUUGUUCGUGCUGGGGUUGCAAAAUAAAACCAGCAAACACCGAAUUGUCAUGUCGCCCAUGUUGUCCAGGAAUGCCUGUUACGAAAAUUGAGAGCAAAUGUCGACCAUCUUGCCCAGGAACGACGCUUGGUAAAGUCGAGAGUAUGUGCCGGCCAUAUUGUCCGGGGUAUGCCCCUCAGCAAGACAAUAAAUGUUCUACUGGUUGUCCUGGACUUGGAGAUAAAAAAGACACAACUGAAGAAAUCAAAUGUGCACUAUCUUGUCUUGGUCAACAAAAAUCUGAAGCUAAUUGUUCACCAGAUUGUCCAAAUCAACAAAAACCAAAAGGAUGUAAUAAAUUAGGAGGUUGUCCAGGUUAUUCUUGCACUGGAUCAGGUUGUAAAUGUUGGGGCGGCCAUCCGCCUGGUAUAGCAGCCGAGAAAAAAGAAUCUCAUAGUUGCCCUCCAAGUUGUCGACAGCCACAAAUAAAUCAACAACAGGCGACGGGUAAAAGCCUUUCGGUACAGACUUUCGAAUGUCCUCCAAGUUGUCAAUCAUCAAAAAAGAAUCAACCAGAGUCACAAAGUUGCUCUCCAACUUGUAAAUCACUUUCAACGCCACCCGCACCGGCUUCAGCAUGUCCUUCAAGUUGUCAGUCUCCUCAAAAGGACAAAUCAGAAACACAAGGUUGUCCACUAACUUGUAAAGCACUACCGCCGCCUCCUUCUACAAUGAUUUCUGUAUGUCCUGCUAGUUGUCAAACAAAUAAAAUAAAUCAACCACAGCCACAGAGUUGUUCUCCAACUUGCAAAUCAUCAUCACCACCUCCUCAACUGACUCCGUCAUGUCCUCUAAGCUGUCGCCCUUCUACGAUUAAUCAAAAGCCAUCGAAUUGUUCUCCAAGUUGUCCAGGAAAUCAACUGAAUCAACAACAGCCACAGACUUGUCCUCCAAGUUGUAAAUCAGCACCAGCUCCGUCUCAACCGGCUCCAUCAUGUCCUCUAAGUUGUCGUCCGUCUUCAGUGAAUCAAUCAAAAGGUUGUCCUCCUAGUUGUAUACCACUACCACCUCCACCACAACAACCUGCACCGAUUUCGCGUUGUCCCCCAAGUUGUAUACCACUACCGCCACCACCACAACAACCUGCACCGGUUUCGGGUUGUCCUCCAAGUUGUGUACCACUACCACCACCACCACAACAACCUGCACCGAUUUCGGGUUGUCCUCCAAGUUGUGUACCACUACCACCACCACCACAACAACCUGCACCGGUUUCGGGUUGUCCCCCAAGUUGUGUACCAUUCCCACCACCACCACAACCACAAUAUACUCCUACUUCGGGAUGUCCUCCAAGUUGUAUACCACUUCCACCACCACCACAACCUAUUCAAACACCGGAGUAUCCUCAAUCAUGUAUACCUUCACCUACAAUACCAACUUCCGGAGCAUGUCCUCUAUGUUGUCAACCUCCACAGCCACAGAGUUGUCCACUUACUUGUGGACCACCACCAUCACCAACACCGGUAUCUGGAUGUCCUCCAAGUUGUCAAACACCCCCACCUCAACCUGUACAACCUUCGGCAUGUCCACCAUGUUGUCAGCCACCUCAAAUAAGUCAACCACAAGGUUGUCCUCCAAGUUGUAGACCACCAUUACCGCCACCAACACCGAUUUCGGGAUGUCCCCCAAGUUGUCAACCAUCACCUCAAUUUUCACCUCCAUCGGGAUGCCCUUCAUGUUGUCAACCACCGCUACCACCACCUCCACCGACUUUGGGAUGUCCUUUAUGUUGUCAACAACCUCCACCUCAACCGACUUCAGGAUGUCCUCCAAGUUGUGGACCACCUCAAAUAAGUCAAUCACAAGGUUGUCCUCCAAGUUGUAGACCACCAUUACCACCUCAAUUUCCACCUACAUCGGGAUGCCCUCCGUGUUGUCAACCACCAGCACCACCACCAGAUCUACCGACUUCGAGAUGUCCCUUGUGUUGUCAACCACCUCCACCUCAACCGUCUUCAGGAUGUCCACCAAGUUGCCGGCCACCUCAGAUUAGUCAACCACCAUUACAGCCACAGAGUUGUCCACCAAUUUGUAGACCACCCCCACCGCCACCACCGACUUCUGGAUGUCCUUUAUGUUGUCAACCACCACCACCGACAUCUGGAUGUCCUUUAUGUUGUCAACCACCACCACCUCAAACUCCACCGAUUUUGGGAUGUCCACCAAGUUGUCAGCCACCUCAGAUGGGUCAACCACAAUUACAGCAACAGAGUUGUCCACCAACUUGUAGACCUCCACCACCACCACCGACUUCGGGAUGUCCUCCAACUUGUAGACCUCCACCACCACCACCACCGACUUCGGGAUGUCCUCCAACUUGUAGAUCUCCACCACCACCACCGACUUCGGGAUGUCCUCCAACUUGUGGACCUCCCCCACCACCACCGACUUCGGGAUGUCCUCCAACUUGUAGACCUCCACCACCUUCACCGACUUCGGGAUGUCCUCCAACUUGUGGACCUCCACCACCACCGACUUCGGGAUGUCCUCCAACUUGUAGACCUCCACCACCACCACCGACUUUGGGAUGUCCUCCAACUUGUAGACCUCCACCACCCCCACCGACUUCAGGAUGUCCAUCAACUUGUAGACCACCACCACCACCACCUACUUCGGGAUGUCCUCCAACUUGUGGACCUCCACCACCACCGACUUCGGGAUGUCCUCCAACUUGUAGACCUCCACCAUCACCACCGACUUCGGGAUGUCCUCCAACUUGUAGACCUCCACCACCCCCACCGACUUCAGGAUGUCCUCCAACUUGUAGACCUCCACCACCACCGACUUCGGGAUGCCCUCCAACUUGUGGACCUCCACCACCACCACCGACUUCGGGAUGUCCUCCAACUUGUGGACCUCCACCACCACCACCGACUUCGGGAUGUCCUCCAACUUGUAGACCUCCACCACCCCCACCGACUUCAGGAUGUCCAUCAACUUGUAGACCACCACCACCAUCACCUACUUCGGGAUGUCCUCCAACUUGUAAACCAACACCUCCACCUAAUUCGGGAUGUCCACCAAGUUGUCAGCCACCUCAAAUGAGUCAACCCCAAUCACAGCCACAGAGCUGUCCGCCAACUUGUAGACCUCCACCACCACCAACUUCGGGAUGUCCUCCAACUUGUAAGCCACAACCUUCACCUAAUUCUGGAUGUCCAUCAAGUUGUCGACCACCUCAAAUGAGUCAACCACAGUCACAGAGUUGUCCUCCAACUUGUAAACUACCUGAGCCACCAACUUCGGGAUGUCCUCCAAGUUAUCGGCCACCCCAAAUAAAACAGCAACAAUCACAGUGUUCUCCAAAUUGCAAACCACAGCCUCCACCUAGUUCGGGAUGUCCUCCAAGUUGUCAACCACCUCAAAUGAAUCAAAAACAGUCACAGGGAUGUCCUCCAACUUGUGUAAUGCCAACCCCACCGACGCCGGCGUCAGGAUGUCCUCCAAGUUGUAAACUACCAUCACCACCUCCGCCUCCUGGAUGUUGUCCAAAUUGCGGACAACCUCAAAACAACCACGGACCACAGGGUCAGACAUCGAAAAUAUCGCAAGGUUGCCCUCCAACUUGCCAGCCACCUCAGAUGAACCAAACACCACAAGGUUGUCCACCAAGUUGUCGGCCACCUCAAAUGAACCAGGCUCCACAGGGCUGUCCACCAAGUUGCCAGCCACCUCAGAUGAACCAAGCACCACAAGGUUGUCCACCAAGUUGCCAAUCGCCACAAGUAAACUACGAUCAAUCUCCAUAUCAACAAAACUCUUACGGUUGCAGCCCGACUUGUCCACACAAUCAAUGAGUAAAUUGGUAAAUUUGUAAAAUAUUAAUAUAAUAAACAACUAAAUAUUUA